AUGAACUCUCUGGUGCAGUCGGCGAGGAGCAAUCCUCAGAAUGCUCUUGCGAGAGCUUCCGCGCGAGCGGUUCAAACCCACGGCAGAACGCCCGCAUACCGCCGGUUACUUUCCACAGAACUUAAUGGCAACGCCGCGCUGGCCUUUUCACGACACCCCUCCACAUUCCGACCCACCCCGUUGCGAUCGCAGUUUCUCCCUGAAGAUGUCCGCUCCAUCUCGAGCUCGAUGCAAUCGCGCUCUUUCCACCUGACGGCCCGACAGCUCCAGCAGCAGCAGCAGACCGAAAAGCCCAAGACACCUGAGGACGCCGCCAAGACCGCCGAGGAGACAAAGCCCAAGGACGCCGAGUCGGAGGCCAAAGAGGAGUCCUCCGAGAAGAAGGAGGGUGAGGAGAAGACCGAGGGGAAGGAGGAGGGCGAGCAGAAGGAAAAGAAGGAUGACCUGCCGCCGCCGCCGCCCCACGGUGACAAGACGCCUUGGGAGGUCUUCAGAGAGACGCUGCAGACCGAGUUUGGCAAGUCCAAGGAAUGGAACGAAUCGACAAAGGCCCUCUCUGGCGAAAUCCAGGAUUUUGCCGAGAGCGAGAGGGUUCGCAAGGCCCGCGAAGCCUACGAGAAGUCCUCCGGCGCCAUUUCGUCCGCUGCGACCACCGCCGUCAAGACCACCGCCGGGGCCAUUGGCAAGGGAGCUGCUUGGACCUGGGAUACCACCGCGAUGAAGGGCGUCCGUAAGGUCGCCAACGUUACGGGAGACGUCCUCGACAAGGCAACGAAGCCCAUCCGCGAGACCGAGGCGUACAAGAACGUCAAGGAUGUUAUCGAUGACGGUAGCAGCUCCCGCUAUGGCGGCUGGGUCGAGAAGGAGGAGCGCAGGAAGAAGCGCGAGGCUGAAGCGCUCAAGUCCGGCCAACCCGAGAUUCUUGAAGAGGAUCCCAACGCCGGCACCAACGUUACGCUCCACAAGGACGCCGCCUGGAAGGAGGCGUGGAGGGACUUCAAGGACUCAAACAAGUUCGCCCAGGGUUUCUUUAGCGCCGGCAAGGUGUACCGCGAAUCCGACAACCCCCUCAUCGAGACCGCACGACUGGUAACGGAUAAGAUCGGGGGCUGGUUCGCCGAGAACGAGACGGCGCAGGUCAUCAAGAAGUUCCGCACGAUGGACCCCAACUUCCAGACGGAGCCUUUCCUGAAGGAGCUCCGCGAGUACAUUCUGCCCGAAGUUCUCGACGCCUACGUCAAGGGCGACAUCGAGACGCUCAAGCUCUGGCUAUCCGAGGCCCAGUACUCUGUGUACGAGGCGCUGACGAAGCAGUACCUCACGGCGGGCCUCAAGUCGGACGGCAAGAUCCUCGACAUUCGCCACGUCGACAUUGUGCGCGCUCGCAUGCUCGACCCCGGUGAAAUCCCCGUCUUCGUCAUCACCUGCAGGACGCAGGAGGUUCACGUCUACCGCAACGCCAAGUCCGGCGAGCUGGCGGCUGGCAUGGAAGACAAGGUGCAGCUGGUGACGUACGCCAUCGGCAUCACGCGUGUGCCGGAGGACGUCAGCAACCCGGAGACAAGAGGAUGGCGUCUCAUUGAGAUGCAGAAGAGCGGAAAGGACUACUACUAA